AUGGCCCCCCAGAAAGUGCCUGAACUGAAAUGGUUUGGUGGUGACCACACCAACAGUGUUUGGUUUGCUCUAGCAACGAUCUUGAUGCCCAAGCAGUAUGCUCAGGUCAUGGCCAUCCGCAAAAGUCGAAAAGAGCGAGCUCAGGCGUUGAAGGCUGCCUCAAAUUCUGCUCCAUCUGAUGACAUUGCGGAGGUAGCGACAAAUCCUGUGAACGAGGAGCAGGACAGCCACUUGCCUCCUCAGACACAACAAGAACCAUCCGCCAACGAAGUCGACCCUGUUUCUGUUUCCGAUUCUGUCCAGACUUUGAACCAAGAGGAACAAACCCCAGAAGGAACAUCCUCUCCUUCACCAACACCAGAUCUCCCACUACCAAAUGCCGCAGAGGGACAAGUCAAUGCUGCAGAUUCUCCCGCACUGCAAGUGGAACAAAACGCCAGAAGCCCAGCACCUAGGUCUAUCAUUGCCAACGAUGACAAAUUGGCAACAGGAGGCUCGGUGCGUUGAUUCUAUAGCCAAGGCGUGGG